ACAGGAGCUGCCAGAGACAUUUUGGGAGGAUUAUUUGUUCUCGACACGAAAACAGCAGCAGGAUCUUGCAUUUUCGGACAUUCUCGAGGCUAAAAUGAAAGGACAGUAUCAAGAGGAAACCUUGGGUGCUGCGCAGAAAGGUACUAUAAUCCAACAAGAUGGAAUCAUAGCUGCUGCGCAAUCCUGUAGUAAGUACUUAGAAGACCCCGAUAACAAAAAAAAACUUGGACUUCCUUCCCACAUGUUGUGGAAGUGUCAAAAUGGUUGUAGUAGCUAAAAAAGUAUUUACUCUUCUUGAGACAGUCGGACCUCAUCAUUUUUCUUCGUUGUAAGUACUGAAAAAUGACGAGGAAAAACAUUAACUCAAUCGACAUCAGUGACCGCGAUGCUUUCGAGUGGUGGAUUGAAAGCGAUACAGACUACUCUGAGGGAACUGGAAAGCGCUCUCGAGCUGCCUCAAGCCGUCAACCGCAUGUACAUCUUGGAGAUUCCGCUUCUUUUCGCAAUGGUUGCUA